UUACCACCAGUGUACAAAGCCUCUUGCCCAGUUAAGGUUAUUUUUAAUUUGUUAAAUAGUGUGUGAUAACUGCUAAAGGGGAAAAUAUAAAAAGGAUUGAGCUUUCUACUAAUCUUUAACCAAAGAUAUAAAGUACAAAGAUGGCAGAAAUAACACACAUCAAUCCAUUGCUGCUUGUCACCGAGAAGCAAAUACAAGGUGUGCGUGCGUGCUGCGACCUGGACGUGAAACAACUCAGAGAGUCCAUCGACGCAGUCCUGGAGUGGUGUUCCAAGGAGCCACAUCUUGAAGGCGCUGUUCCGAUAUUGAAAAGAAUCCGCUUGAUAGAAAGAACUCUGCUGAUCACAAAAGGGUCCAUUGAAGAGACUAAGAAGAGAAUAGAAGCUGUCUUGACCUCGAGAGGAAUGAUGCCAGAACUGAGUCACAAUCGGUCGGUCGACGAAUUUAAAACUAUCCUCGGUUGCGUAAAUUACUUGACCUUACCAAAACUAUGCCCAUCAGAUAAUUCCAGAGUGAUUUUAGUCAAUUUCAACAAGGAGAACAUUGAUGAUUUUACACUAUCGGCUUACUUCAGAUAUGCAUUUUAUGUAGGAGAAUUCAGGCUAUUUGAUGAUUACACUAUCAAUGAGAGACAUGUGAUUGACCUAGAAGGUGUACAUUUGGGAGUGCUCACUAAAAUUAACCCCAUUUUGUUGAAAAAAGCAGAAUUAUUGGCCACAGAAGGUUACGGGACCAAAAUAAAAGGUAUCCACAUACUCAACGCACCAACUUGGGUGGACAGAUUCGUGUUUAUUUUGAAGCAGUGUAUGAAACCGAAGGUAGCGGGGAGACUGCACGUGCAUAACUCCAUCAGCGACUUCCAGAAACACGUGCCGAAGGAAGUCUUACCUAAAGAAUACGGCGGUGAUGAGCAGUCAGUCAGAAAGCUAGCUGACGCCUGGAAUGACUUUAUGAGCAAUGAAGAGACAAAGCAAAGAAUUAAGGAUUUAGACCAACUUGUAGCCGACGAAUCCAGAAGAACAAACACCAAAUUCAACGAUGAAUACCUGGGCAUGCCGGGCUCUUUCAGAAAACUUACUGUUGAUUAGAAUAUCAAUAUAUUUAGGCAUAAUUCAAGGCACACUGACAAAUGGUGAUUCGUUGUGGAAUCACAAAUUGUACUAAUGCAGUGUACUUAUAUAAUAAUGUAAUACGUAAGGAUCUUUUCAACAGUGUGGGUACCUAAGGAACCUAAUUGAUUCCUUAUUUUCUUUAAAUCAAAAACGUUUCCAGCAUACUGCGUGGUUGGUGUACUUUUCCUGACGUACCUACUGUAUUUAUUUGUGUCAGGCAUAUCUGUCAAAGUAAGCGAAGAUGAAAGGAGACGUAUGGGAAUCAAUUAUAGCAUUUGGUUUUUCCAGUGGAGCGAAGAAGAGUUGUGGAUUACAAUUAUUAAAUGUUAUUGGUUGGUUCCCGCACGUCUCCUCUCAUCUCCGACGCAGUAGAAAGGCAGCCUAAGGCAGCACCAAUGGCUACUAGUGUCGUGCGAUAUUGGUCCCCUGGGGUCGCGUAGUCAUCAUGCCAAUCGCUUACGCUCCGUAGCGAUCGAAACGCAACUGUCACUGUCGCACUAAUAUGGAAGAGUGAUAGAGAAACACAAAGCGUUUCGUUGUCGUAGCGAUUGUCGCCUUGGCUAGGCCGGCUGGUUUUGAUAAUUGUAUGUAUGUAUGUAAACACUUUAUUGUACAUAAGACAGAUUACAAACACAAUAAAAGAACAAAAAUAUAUACAAUGUACAAAGGCGGACUUAUCCCUAUAAGGGAUCUCUUCCAGUCAACCUUGUAUUUAUAGUUAUAUUGAAAUUUACUUUCUGGGCUAUUAUAGAUGCUUGUUUCCACUUUUAUAGUUACUACAGGUGAACAUCAUUUUUAUUAGUGUAAUGAUUAUUGCGUAAGUUUUAUACGUUUAUGGUGGAAUUGUGAUAAUAAAUAGGUUAAUAACUUUUUAAGGCAUACUGAAAGACUUUGUUUAGAAAGUAUGAUUAUCUGUGGUCUAAUUGGCAUGCCUUUAUAUGAAUUUUAGCUACGGCGUAAUUUUUUGGUAUUGUUUGAAC